AAUCAUCAGAAAAUGAUAAACUACUUUGUACUUUCCCAGUAAAAGUAACUAAAAUGGAAAUUGAAAGAAGGGCGGUGAAGUCGUCAAAGUGUGACGAACAUACAGGAAUAUCAAAUGCACCAGCAACGUCAACACGUUCAAUAGAAGUUUCCGAAAUUAAUUUCACAGAAACUGGCAGCAAAGAUCAAAAUAAAAGAUCCGCAAAUAUUGAAACCGUACCUACAGCCGGAAACACCAAAAAACUACAGCAAAACCCAAUAGCCGGAAGCAAUAUAAAAACAAUGAAGAAGAGCGAAGGUGUCUUGGAUUCUUCCCCUAAAUCAGAAGUUGCUUUACCUAAAGCGUUAAAUGUUAAUGCUGAUACCGGGAUUAACGAUGAGAAUGAUAAAAGCUCUAAAUCAUUUCCCACAACAGUUAAAGCACCACAAACAGCUAAUCUAAAUAAAAACCUUACCGAAGAUAACACCAAGAAUACUGAUAAAGACGGCGCUGCUGCCAUAGUGUCAAAUAGAGGUGGCAAUUCUAAAGUUUUAAAUACGUUAGUAUCGGUAGACGAUUCGCUGGAUGCCGACGAAGACGACGGAAGCCAGAAAGAUAUUGUAUCCAUUGGCGACGAUGAUGCUGUCAACAGUAUUUCCCCUUCAACACAGUCCCAAACUCCCCCACCCAAUCAACAAACAACAAAAAAAGCAACAAAUGCAUCGAUCGUUGCGGCCAUGGGUGUAGCGGCUUCGGUGGUUGUUGCCGCUGCUGGUAUUAGCGCUGCCAUUCCAGACACAAUUUUGUCACCACCCAAGUCAGAAACACAAACGGACGACGCUAAUACGGCCACUUCAUCAUCAUCACCAGCAUCGGAUUCUCAGCUAUCUCCGAUGACUGCCUCAGUUUCGGCCACGGGAACCACAGCGCUAACCCCAACAACACCACCAGAAGCACCAGAUAUAGCUGCAACUGCAACUGCAGAUAAAGUCACUAGCGCUGCUACCAGCACUGGAUCAACACCGUCGAAGGCAGCAUCCAAGAGGGCUGCAUCGGGUAGUGCGGCUAGUGGCGGUGACAGUAGUAACGUUGUUGGUAAACGCGUGGUACAACCCAUUAAUGUUGUUGCCAACGGCACUAUGCCCAAGUCAAGUGGGAAACCGCAAAUGUCAGCAAUGAAUAAAAAGUUAAAGGAGAAAACUACGCGCACCCCAAGGCAACGCAAACAGAAGUCAACCGUGCCGAUAUACGAAAGCGAGAUAAGCGACAAUAAAACUGGUAUUAAAUUGUGUAUAAAGAAAUCAGAUUCGUCAGGAAAUUUGGUGGCAUCCGCAGGUGCGCCCACACCGCCCAUUACUGGCAAGUCGACUGCAACAUCAGCAACAAAUGCACCGAAGCAAACGCGUAAACGUUCACGUAAAUCGAAGUCAAAGGCAAAGGUUGAUAGCGACGAGAGUGAAUAUGAGGUAACACCGGGAAAGCGUGGAAAGAAUAGAGGCGGUAAUGGAGAACGACAGAAGAAAGUUUCAUUUACUAGCGUGGAAGAACAAGGUGAGAAACACCGCGCAUCCAUCGAACAGGGCGACUGGGGCGCUCGAAUACCACAGGAAAUAUUAUAUAAGAUUUUCGCAAUUCUAAUCGACCGUGAGGGCAGCUUGCCAACUCUUUGUCGGCUUGGACGCGUUUGUACACUGUGGCGAAAUGUUUCUUUAACACCGUCAUUGUGGAAGAGCAUGGACUUAUCCACAUGGAUAAAGGACAAGUAUCGCACAGAGCUCAAGCUGAAAUGGUUCGUAGACAACCGUUGCAGCGAAUGUACGGAAUUAAAUGUUGCUAAUUGGAAAAUGUCAGAUAUAAAUUGUUUUUUAAAUAAGUUAACAGUUGGAUGUCCCAACCUAACCAGCAUUACAUUGUCUGGCUGGAAAGGUUUAACGUCAGAUCAUUUGGCAUAUCUAACUGAAAACAUGCAAAAGCUAGAGCGAAUUGAUUUGAGCUCCAUCAAUGUGGAAAUUAAUGCAAGCAAGAGUGCAGUUGGCCCACAAUCGCUGUGCAGUGCAUUGAAAACAAUGAACGGUCGCUUAACGCAUCUGUAUUUGGCACAUAAUCGGCUGGCCGGAAUUCCCCAUGUAAUCAAGACAUUAGCGAGCGAUUGUCCGAACUUGGUGAAUUUAGAUCUCUCCAAUGUGACUACGCAAGCAAUUUCACAUAGUAUCAUUCACAUCGAGAAGCUCCAGCACGGUUGUCCUAAGUUGAAGGUACUGCGUGUGACCAAUUCACAUGUAUUAUGGAGCAAUGCAACUUUGCAGGAAACGAUGGAUUCGCCUGGUUUCCCCGAUCUCGAGGAGCUUUCCGUGGCAGCUUUAUCUGAGGAAAGUCGCAUCUUAGGCGAUGACCAUUUGCAGCGCAUAUUGAAAACCAGCUCAAAAUUGAAACUAUUGGAUGUGCGCGGUUGUGCGCGACUCACACACGAAAGUCUCAUACGUUUACCUGCGUGGGAUAUCAAGCAUUUAUUUUUGUCCUUCUGCUCAGUGACGCGUGAUGUUGGCUCCGGUCUCGAGCUUAUAGCUUCAAAGUGGGCGCAUAGUCUCAUCGAGUUGGACUUGGCCUGGGCGAAUGUGCAACAGCCAUUGGAUAACGCAUUACGUGCAUUGGCGGAAAAGGGCAGCGAGUCGCCUCUAGCCCAUUUGAAUCUCUGUGGUUCAUCGGUUUCAGAUGAGGCAGUUAAAGAGAUUCUUGCAAAUUGUGCGCAUAUGAGUUCAAUAAAUUUGUCAUCGUGUCGCGGUCUGCCGCGUGGUGUCAAGCGUCUCAUACAAGGACAACAAGAAUUACAAGAGCUGCGUGAAGUGCUCAAGGUGCAGAUGAAAGUCAAGUUGCCUGCACAAAUCAAGCAAGAACAGGAAGAGGAGGAGCGCCGACAGCGUGCGGAACAAAGUGGUGCAUCGGCUGUUGAUGGUGAUAGUGGUGGUGGUGGUGGUGGCGGAGGAGAUGACGGUGGUGGUGCAAAGAUUCAAUCCAAUUGAUAUUAAAGCAGCGCGGCAUAUGUUUAAUUUUUCACAUCAAUGCAAACGGAAAAAAAAACCUACACUAACACAGAAUAAAUCAGUUAUUAAUGCAAAAAAAAACAAACAAAAUUAAUUCGUAGUUUAAAUUUAAAAAAAUUAACACAAUUGAGAACUUCAAAUAAAACUAGAUUUAAAAAUUAUGAUGAGCAUGUUGAGUUUAUUUGUUAACGUACUCAAGGCGAAAAUAAUAUCUGUCUCAAAAAAGGCAAGCCGGCUGCUUGUUGCGCGCCGCGGUAUAAAAGUAUGUGCAGAAAUUUAUCUGCUGCUGGUGGCAGAAAGAUAUUGAUUUUAUGCAUUUUAGCCUUAAUUAUCUGAGCAUAAAUUUCUUUAAUGAAUUUGAUCGUGCAUCACAUAGAUUGCUUCCAAAUUUAAAACGAAAUUUUUGUAAAUAUUAAGUUAUUUGGCAUUAAUUUAAUCUAGAUUUUUUUUGCACAUACUAUUACAUAUGUUGUAUGUAUUUUAAGUAAGGCUUUAAGUCAGAUAAAUGCGCCUGCUAACUGAAAUUUCUUAAUUCCUUCACCGCACGAUUUUAUAGUAUACCAACGCAAACGCAAAGCACUCACUCGAGACAUUAAUGUCCGUGCUAGCAUAAGUCUUUUUUUUUGUAAUUUUGACACUAAUUGCGAAAAAUUCACUUUAGUUUAUUAUUUUAACAUAAGAGUUUUGAAUUUAAACUAAAGG